GAAAACCUGUACUCCCCUAGAUGGCAGGAUUGCAUUUUCUGUUAAGAAAUUUCAUGCCGUUUCUGUAAAUUUUGUGGAAUAGAGUCGGUUUUUACGUAACUGAUAGAUGUUUUGACGCUUUCCUCAAACAAGUACAGAAAAGAAAUAUGGGAAAGAAGAGCAAAGGUCAAGGCCAAACGAAAGGUCAAAGUCAAACAAAAGUUCAAGGUCAAACUAAAGAUAAAAGGAAAGAUCAGUCAGUCUUCAAGGUGGCCAAGGUCGGCGGGUCGAAUGUUUCCAAACAAAAAAGUAAAACGAAAGUGGUUGCGACAAAUCUUAAACGGCUUUCGAACAAAAUGAAAUCAAAGAUGGAGGCGGCAGACCAAAACUACGAUGAGAUCCGCAACACACUGGUGGCCUCAGCAAAGAAGUCGCAAGCACCGAAAGAAAAGAAAAGCAUCCGCCCUGCUACAAGAAAAGAGGAUGACAGACCGGAAGCCGAUGUCACAGAGGCUAUGGAGGCUUUGGAGAAAUUAUAACAACCGACCUGACCGUGAGGGUCCAGAAUUGGCAUACGUUUGUGUACUUGGCGACCACGCAACACAAUGCAAAAAGAUGCACUGUAUGUUACUUUCUGUGUAAACAACGGUUUGUCUUAUAAUCAUGUAAAUAUACAUUUGUACGGCAGAUCUUGGAGCAAGUAUUUGAGAUGCGGUACAUUCAGCAACCAUCCUCAACGGACACUUCUGUUGAAAGGACACAAAUUUUGGUCCGGGGUCGGUCUUUUCCAUAGGAUCUUACGUUUGUAAUCUGGACACCUCUUUAUCAAGGAUAGUACUUGUUGUUGCCAAGAAUGUCCUUUACAGAGAGGUUCUCCUGUACAUAUAAAAAGAAUACAAUUUAUUUGUAUGGUUU